AUUGGCGGGAAAUGAAAAUUAAUUUCAGAAAACACAAAACACACUGUUAGAAAACCAGAUGGAUUUAUUACAGGAUCCCGAAAUCAAAAAAACUUAUGAAAAAUGUAAAUAUAAAGUUAAAUUGUGGGAACACGAAUUUACGAAAACAUUUAAAAGGGUGCCUUCGAAGUUGGACAUCAGGGAAGCGCCAGUAGAAGUCCGCCACGCUUACAGAAAAUACUUCCAGUUAAAAACUAGCGCCCUGGAGCAAAGUUUUAUGGAUAUAGAUGGUUUCGACGAGGAAGUCGGUCAAAUCCAAAACUUUCAAGGAAACGAAGUCGAAACUGUUAGUGUCGGACCAUUAACAGAGCUACCGCGCGCUAGCAACGAGGUAAGUCCUGAACCGUUAUCAAACAAUGAUACAAAAUCGAAGUCGCCAGAAGUGUGGGGCCCCCACCUAAACAGAACUCCUUCCGGUAGAGAGAAUGAGAAAGAACACGUGGUUACCAACAAAGUGACGCAGACCAUUAAAUCAAAGUUGUUUUGCGGGGCCAAGUUUAACAAACGCAAUCCGCGGAAAUCCCUGUCGUUUUCGCAGAAAAAUAAGAGCGAGGAUAAUGUCGACGUCGCGCCGUUUUUUUCGCAACCUGACAAUUUGCCGUCUGCCGAAUCGGACAUCGGCUCGUUCUGUGAUUCCUCCCAAUACAGGGUUUUGCAAAAUAAAUCCCAAAUGUCGAAUUCCCGACCUGUAAAUAUUGCUGGUUUCAUAGAUACAAAAAUAAAUAACCCCACGAGAACGGUCGACACGGGAUGGCUGCAGAGAGUCGUUCAGAACUCUAGAAUAAGUAUGGACAAUCCGGAACUUAAAGCGGUUCCUUCAAAAGUCGAUUACGACAGCGACGAUAUUGUAGAGGAUUCGGACGAUGACGAGGUCUCACGGAAACAGCCCAUCCUGCAUGUAGCUAAAAAAAUUAAACUCUCUUGCGAUACAGUGGCCAGCUUAACAUUAACAAAUGAUCCGCCGGCCGUGGCUGGAGAGGAGAAAGAGGAAAGUCGUAUAGAAAAAGUUGCAAACGAUAUAAGCGAAAGAAAGGAAAAAUUCGACUUGACAUCGAAAAAACAGCACCCGAGGGGUGAGAAGAAACCGAGAUCCCGAAAGAAAACGAAGAAUUCGGAAGUGAAUACAAGUUCAACUCCGCGCAAAUCGAGCAGGCAAAACAAGGUCAAGAUCAGCCUAGAGGAAACGCCAGGCAUCAGCGACGAAGAAGAUCCAUUCCAUUCGGAUAAUGACGAAAGAGACCCUGAAUUCACCGUGGGUGGUACAUCAAAGAGGAAGACGUUUGGACAUUUUCAGCAUCUGGUGGAAGAAGACACGAGCGGAAGGAGCGCUAAAAAGAGCAGUAAAUCAGCGCCUAGAAACAAAGAGGCGGAGCCUCAACAUGAAGACCGUUACGAACUAGAGUAUUGCGUCAAACCGCGAGUAGUAGCCCCCAGGUCUUCAAACUUUAUUCAACUAUUGAAGAAGACUAGACCGGCGAAAGAUAAAGUGGAUCGUUCAUCGUCACUAGUAAAAAGCAAAAGGCAGCAACUAAAAGAGAAGCUGGAGAAAAAGAUGGAGUCGGGACAUUUGAACGACAACUUCGUGACGAUCAAUUUACGCAAAAAAGUUUUCGCCAGGGGCAAAUCGGGCGUAAACUACACCAAAUACAAAAAGGCGCAGUGGAAGAAAAAGAAGAAGGCGCUUUACGGGCCAGACAUGGACAUGGGAGGCUGUGACGGCGGAAAACUCGUUUGCUUCAGUUGCGGACAGGAAGGACAUUUUGCAGCGAGGUGUAAGAACGGUAAAGGGGACGGUCUGUUACCGGCCGAUGCGGCGGACGAAGAGUGCCCGGUGCCCACGCUGGAAGAAGCGUCGAAAAUGGCUUUGGAUAGUGCGUUGAGCGUUAGGGUACCUAAAUUGGCGCUGAAAAAUAAAACGGGCGUCAAAGACGGCGAGGUGGAGGAGGAGGAGGGGGACGAGGAUGGGUUUUCGGACGACGUCGACUCUGAAUUGUUGGCGGAGGUUUUAAAAUUGGAAGAACACGUGAGGCGGCUCGACGUUCAAACUUAUGUCGACGAGACCAAACUUGUCAAACCUUAUUACGAAUUAAGUUGCGACGAUUCGAUUAUAGAUACACCGCCGGAAGUGUUUGACGCUUUAAAAAAAUUUGGCCAUUCCGCGUUUCGCGACGGACAGGAGCUGGCGGUAAUGCGCAUUCUCUCUGGAAAGUCGACUCUGGUCACUCUGAGUACAGGGUCGGGCAAAAGCUUGUGUUAUCAGCUGCCCGCUUAUUUGUACGCGCAAAGGGAACCCUGCAUUUCCCUGAUUAUAUCACCACUUGUUUCGCUCAUGGAGGACCAAGUUACGGGAAUACCAAAGAUUUUAAAGGCGGCCUGUUUGCAUACCAACCAGACCAGUACACAGAGGCAAAAAAUCACCGAGGCCCUGUGGACGAAAAAACUCGACGUUCUCCUAAUCUCCCCGGAGGCUAUUGUUGCGGGAGAGAAACAGACCGGGUUCGGCUCGUUGUUCAGGAAACUUCCACCAAUAGCGUUCGCCUGUAUAGACGAGGUGCACUGCAUCUCGCAGUGGUCACAUAACUUCCGUCCGAGUUACCUAAUGGUAUGCCGCGUCCUCAAGGAGAGUUUGGGCGUGAAAACCAUCUUGGGUCUGACGGCCACCGCUACCAGGGCCACUUGCGAGAACAUCAUUCAGCUGUUGGACAUCCGGGACGGUUUCCGGGGCAUCAUAAGCGACACCCCGUUGCCCGACAACCUCUGCCUGACGGUGUCGAAGGAUCCGAACCGUGACCAGUCGCUACUGAAGCUGUUGCAGUCGGAGAGAUUCAAGAGCUGCAAGAGUGUCAUUGUUUACUGCACUCGGAGGGAUGAGUGCGAGAGAAUAGCGUCCUUUUUGCGCACGACUUUUAAGGACGACGAUUUGGCCGUCGCAGCUAAGAAGAGGAAGAGGCUGAGCGCGCAGGCGGAGCCCUAUCAUGCGGGCAUGUCGGCUUCAAAGCGCAGGUCCGUUCAGAAUGCGUUCAUGAGUGGAGAGUUGCGGAUAGUCGUCGCCACUGUGGCGUUCGGGAUGGGCAUCAACAAGGCUGACAUAAGGGCGGUGAUUCACUUCAACAUGCCCAACAGCUUCGAGAGCUACGUGCAGGAAGUGGGGCGCGCGGGCAGAGACGGUCUGCCCGCCCACUGUCACGUGUUUUUGGAUUCCCAGGGGCGGGACGAGAACGAGCUGCGUAGACACAUUCACGCUAACUCGAUCGACCGUCACGUCAUACGUAAACUGCUUAGCAAAAUCUUCGUGCCCUGCGCGUGCGCGGGCACGUGUCCCAAGCACGAGGUAGCGUUCUCUAUCGAAGAAACCAUCCGUGCCCUCGACAUCCCCGAGGAGAACGUCGCCACGCUCCUGUGCUAUCUCGAGCUCCACGAAAAGAAAUAUGUCGAAGUGUUGAGUCCCGCCUACACCCGGUGUCGGAUAGUUUCUUACGCGGGCCCGAAUCAGCUGACGCGCGCUUCCAAAGAUUGUCCUCCUCUCGCUAUGGCUCUCGCGAUGUACAAGGGAAAAAAUAACGAGGACAACAUCGUAGAGUUUCCGGUGGUGGAGGUAGCAUCCGCCAUCGGAUGGGACAGCGGCAUUUGCAAGCACAAAUUGAAAAAUUUGGAGUGGACUGCGGAGAACAACGCGCCGAAACGGUCCUGCCUGAACGUGCAAUUUUCUAAUCUGGGUUUCCGACUGUUGGCGCCCGGAAAUUUACCGGAGAAAGAUCUCGAUGAGGCUUUGGACAGCUUGUACACGAAGGUGAUCAAGCAGGAGGGGAUGGCAUUGAAGCAAUUGACAGCGAUACACGACACCCUAGUCGAGGUAGCUCGGGAAACUCAUUCGGUCUUGGAUCCGUCUAAGGACGAGCGGCUCAAGUCAAAAAUCCGGGAAUAUUUUAAUUCGACCGAUCCUCUGAAAAGUAUCAGUGAGGUGAAACCGAGAAUAGUCAAGAAGGAGCAGCUGGUCAACGAUAUCCACGCGAUGGUUUCAAUGUAUAGGGAUAAUCAGUUCACGGGCCGGGUGAUAGCGCGGAUAUUUCACGGUAUACAGAGCCCCAACUACCCGGCAGUGAUUUGGGGGCGGUGCAAAUUCUGGCGCAGCCAUAUAGGAGAAGACUUCCACGAGAUUUGCCGUAUAGCGUCGCAAGAAAUUAUUCGGAUGCGAUAAUAUAGUUUGUUAGAAUUGAAAUAAAUUUUUAUAUAUUUUAAUACAAUUUUUUCAAGAGUUCGGUUUCUCCUGCGUUUUGCUAGUGAGACCUUUUCAAGCAUAAUUAAAUAUACGAGGUCAGUCCAAAAAAAUAUUGGAUCCAAUUUUGUUUUUUUACUAGUGCAUUCAAGACAUCAGUUUUAUUAAACAUUAUCGCGGGCCUAUUUGAGCGUUUCCGGUACUUAAGUCAUGGGUUAGGAGUGAUCUGCGAGCGAUUUCGAUAGAUUUUAGUCGUGUUGACGUUUUUCAAUUGUGACGAUCACGUCACAGAUUGUGUGCGCUUCAAUGCCUUUUUUAGAGGUAGAGAGAUAUAAAAGCUUUUUGACAUUUUGUUCAUUCAUAAUUAAAAAUAUUUUUUAUUUUCUCAACCUUUACUUACUCUUUAGCAUGUUUACUUUUUUGGCGUUAUUUACUGAGGUCUUAUAAGCCCCUUGCUUAGAAUCAUUGAGAUUUAACUCAGUUUUUCUGUAUUUGGUACAAAAAUGUUGCUUGUAUAUUAUUUCCUUUCUAAGAUAGUUCUUCCUUCUCAUUUUUUUGUUUGACAUUUUGACUUUAAAGGUCAUUAUUUAAGUUCUAUAACUCCUUUACUUAGAAUUAUGGGAAUGUAUUUUG